ACUGGAGGCUUUAGUAUGUGAUGACUCCUUUGAUCUCCCCAAACAUGCUCCCUCUUGUACACACUAACACAGCACAAAGACUCUCUCUCUCUCUCUCUCUCUCCAUCUCUCUCUUCUUUCACUCGUGUGCACAUACAACAUGCACAAUAAUUCCUCCAUCACCAAAAUAUAUAUAUGAGUACAUGAUUAACCGUAUAUAUAUAUACUUGAGAGAAGCACAGUGUCCAUUUUUUGAGCGGUGAAAAGUAUCUAAAAAAAUGGACAGUUUGUGGAUUGAUGUGUUUGUCACAACAAUCUUGAUCUUGUCCGCCAUAUUAAUCCUCAUCUACAGGGCCAUUAGAAACAGUGGUAGUAUUAGAUCAUCAUCAUCACCAUCAAGCUACAAAAAUCCACUUCCUUUAGGCACUCUUGGAUGGCCUCUCCUCGGCGAAACCAUCGACUUCAUCUCCUGUGCUUACUCUGACCGCCCCGAGUCCUUCAUGGACAAGCGUCGCACCAUGUAUGGGGAGGUGUUCAAGUCACACUUAUUUGGUAGUCCAACUAUAGUUUCUACAGAUGCAGAAGUGAGUAGAUUUGUUUUGCAAAGUGAUGCAAGGGCUUUCGUGCCGUCUUAUCCGAAAUCUCUGACUGAGUUGAUGGGGAAGUCUUCUAUAUUGCUCAUCAAUGGAAGCUUACAAAGGAGAAUUCAUGGACUCAUUGGAGCUUUCUUCAAGUCUCCACAUCUCAAAGCCCAGAUCACUCAUGACAUGCACAAGUAUGUUCAAGAAUCAAUGGCAAAUUGGAGAGAAGAUCGCCCCAUAUACAUCCAAGAUGAAACAAAAAAUAUUGCCUUUCAAGUAUUAGUCAGAGCAUUGAUUAGUUUGGACCCUGGUGGAGAAAUGGACUUUCUAAAGCAACAAUUUCAAGAAUUCAUAGCUGGUCUCAUGUCCUUGCCCAUAAAUGUACCUGGAAGUAGACUCCACAAAUCAUUACAGGCAAAGAAGAAAAUGGUUGAAUUAGUACAUAAAAUCAUCGAAGCUAAAAGGGAUGGUGGCUUAUCAAGUGUUCCAAAAGAUGUUGCAGAGGUCUUGCUCAAUAAUGCAAGUGAAGAGCUAACAGAUGAUCUGAUUUCAGAUAAUAUGAUUGACUUGAUGAUACCGGGAGAGGAUUCAGUGCCGGUUCUCAUGACUCUUGCUAUAAAAUACCUUUCAGAUUGCCCCGCUUCUCUCCAACAAUUGGUGGACGAAAACAUGGAGUUGAAGAGGCUCAAAGAGCAGCUUGGAGAGCCAUUGAAUUGGCGCGAUUACUUGUCGUUACCAUUCACACAAAAUGUGAUUACAGAAACUCUAAGGAUGGGAAACAUUAUCGUUGGGGUGAUGAGAAAGGCCAUGAAAGAUGUGGAGAUAAAAGGAUAUCGGAUUCCAAAAGGAUGGUGUGUUUUUACGUACUUCAGAUCAGUUCAUCUUGAUGAAAAUCUAUAUGAUUGGCCUCAGCAGUUCAAUCCAUGGAGGUGGCAAGAAAAAGAGACAAACAAUUGUAGCUUCACUCCAUUUGGUGGUGGACAAAGGCUGUGUCCAGGGGUUGACUUGGCCAGGCUGGAAGCUUCCAUUUUUCUCCACCACUUUGUUACUCAAUUCAGGUGGGUGGCUGAGGAAGAUUCAGUAGUCCACUUCCCCACAGUAAGAAUGAAGAAGAGAAUGCCAGUUUGGGUGAAUAGGAGAAGAGAAACUUGAGAUGCUUUGGGCUAAGAGGAAGUUCCAUACAAAAUUACAAAUGAUACAAAACAAGACCAUGGAAAGAAGAAGACAACGAAGGAUCAAACAAGAAAAAGUAGGAUGCCAGAAGGCACACGUGUGGUGGGCUUCUCAAGCUGACACACAUUAAAUUUGUCUUGUUUCUUAGCUAUAUAUAUUGCACAUAUGUAGACAAUUUAUAUAUCUAUUGAGAGGGACCCGUGAAAUUUUGGUUUGAUUUUUCAUUGAUUGCUUUGGAGCUUCA